AUGGCUACAGUCAAGAGCGAGCCUGGUGUCAAGCUGGAACCCUCCAUCAAGCCCGAUCCAGAUGAUGUGAAGCCAUCACCAGACGCCUUCGAGGAUGACGAGUUGUACGAGGACGCCGGCGACCUAGAAUUCUACGAUCCGAAUGAGUCUCAAGACAACGCGUUUCUGGCACAUCUGCCUAAAUAUCUCUAUGACCAAUGGGCCCAGUUAGGCGACGAUGAAGAACUCGUGAUAGGGAAGGUGCGGACCUGGGUCGAAGCCGAUCGGAACGGUCAACAAAUACAAAAGUUCGCCAUUCUCGUUGAUUCCAGCAAUCCAAUCCAUCAAAACGUUCCCAAGGAAUACACAAUGGAAAUGAGAGAUGACAAUCUUCUGAAUACCUUCAUGUUCACGGAACAAGACUUGCCUGGAUUCAAGAACAAGACUCAGGCUGGUCCCAACAAUGAUAUUCCGCCUCACCUGCGACCUAAGCCAGCCCAGCCCAAGGAGAACGGAAAGCCUGAGCCAGGAGCUGGACGACCGCGGAAAAGAGAACCGUAUUAUCGCAAAGCAAUUCCCAAGAAGACCGUUUUGUCUGCUCGGUUUCGCAAGGAGAUGAAUGCGCAACCCGUCAUGACUCCCGAGGCUAAACACAUAUUGGCUUUGAGAGCAAGUGAUGCCCUCAAGCCCAAGGCCACCACCAGCAUCAUGUCUGGAACAAGGAACCCAGUGGGUAUCAUUCACGCUGGUACUGCUAUCGGCAACCAGAAGAUGAGCGGUUUCGUCCGGACUGUCGAUCCAAGGGCCAAGACCAAGGCCAAAAAGGAAGAAAAGGCUGCUCGCAUGGAACAAUCUGCCCUUCUCGAUGCAAUCUUCAAUCUUUACACCAGCCGAGGCUUUGCAUACUGGUCUAUGAAAUCCUUGAAGUACGAAUUGAAGCAACCAGAAGCAUGGCUACGAGAAAACAUGGAACAAAUCGCGGUUUUGCACAAGACUGGCAGAUUUGCCAACUUCUGGGAACUCAAGCAAGAGUACAAACCGGCUACCAACACUGCUCCUAACGACAAAGUUGCCAACUAUGGUGAUGAGCCUGGUGCUGACGCAAGUGGCGGUGACGAUGAAGAUGACGACGAUAACGUCGAAAUGGUGGAUGUAGCAUAG